AUGCAGAAAAUAAUAAUUUUAUUAAGCUUGGCUGGCGUUGCCACAUCAAAAAAUCCUUUCAACAUUUCAGCAUUCGACAGUCAGCUUCGUGACAUUUUUAAUGGAUUGGUCCAAACUGAGACCAAAAUUGGAAGCUUUUUGACUGAUUUAAGCACUUUUGUUGGCGAAGUUAAUUUGAAAUCAAAUAAGUCGUGCCUUCGUAUGGAACUAAGUCAUCUUCAAGAAGAACCAGUUAAUGUAGAGGAAGUGAUGAAAGAAAUGUCAAAAUCAGCACGAAAAAUCAAAUUUAAUCUUCAAGGCAGCAUUUGGAACUACGAAACUUAUCAACAAUUGACAGGCUGCAGCAAUGUGGCAUCAAAAAUAUCAGAAAUUAAAGUUGAUUUGAAGAAAUUUGCAGAUUUUGUGGAUCGAUUGGAACUGAACAUGACUGAGCUGUACCAAAGGAAUUUACGUGUCACUUAUGACUUAAUGCUGAAACCUAAAGAGCUUCAAGUUGCACAACAAGAUGUUAUGGAUAUUAUAUUGAGUGUCAAUGAGGCAACGGUUCAGUAUUUGUUCUACAUUUUGCAGCUUCAAGUCAACAUCCAGCACGAGAAGUCAAUAGCUACAAAUUUGAAGCUAUUUCUGGUAAAUUAUUGUGAAUGUGAUGAAAAUGUCUACGGAGUCUCUAAAAACACCAACCAACACUCAUCAUUAAAUUCAAUGGAAGCUGCAUUACUUGCUUGUCAAACUAGAAUCACUUCUGCAGUCAAUGUGACCUUAAUUGAGUCACAGAAGCUAGCCACAUCGAAGAAUGUCACUAAAAAGAUGAAAAUUCUAACCUCAAAUUUAGAAAUUUUCUGUCAAAAAAUGAAUAGAGUCGAUGACUAUAGCAAUGCCUCAAUUCCAAUCACGAGUUCUUGUCCUGAGCUGAUGAAUGUGCAGAAUUUUUUGACUUACAGGCACUUCCACUACACACAAGUUCUGUCUAUGUCUAUGACCAACACUUCUAUUUUGAUAUUUUAUAAAAAUUUGAUAAAUUCAAUCAUUUCCGAUGGCAGUUCCCAAAAUACAAGCAUUCUCAGUGCAGUUUCGAACCUGGAAACGGAACUAAAGAAUUACACAGACGAACUAGCUGUUCAGCUUUCGUAUUUGACAGAAUAUUCAAGUGUAAUGAGAAGAAAUGCCAUGAUUCUGCGUCUAUUCUGUGGAUGUAAAGUUCUUGAGCCUAAAACAACAACAAGCACAACCAGGAAGUUGACAUUCACUUCUGCAACAUUUAUGACAACUCAAUUAGGUCAUACGACGAAAAGAACUCCAAAGACAACCAAAAAGAAGCUUGUAACAUCCACGACAUCAACAACAUCAGCAACUACAACAUCCAAGCUAUCGACAUCACCAAGAAUCACUCGUCCAACCGUACCAAAAAUAACAACAUUGCCGCCAUUUUCAAAUCCAGCAUGCAGCUUCACAAAACCUCUUACUGACAGAAAUGGAAACUAUAUUAAGACAGCAUGCUUAAUUGAAACUGCAUCUAAUGGAAGCUAUGCUACUUCCACAUGUUUAGACAAUUCCAUGAAGUUGAUGGCUGUUGAUUCCAACAUGACGCAGACAGCUUUGACUAUUUUCGUCCAGGAAACUUUAUCUGAAGGAACUUUUUGGAUCAAUGGUGGAAAUGGAAGUGAUAUUUGUAAUUUUGUAACUGUCAAUGGAACUGGAGCAGCUAUAAACAGAACUAAAUGCAACAUGAAUCAAUAUUAUAGCAUCUGCGAGUAUAAAGACUCUAAAGUUCCAGCUAAAGUCAGCUAUCCAAGAAAUCUUGAUGCUUGCGGAUUCAUUUUUCCAGCUACGGACCUGAUUAACGAUGAUAAUCCAAGAUAUGCAUGUGUAAUGGCUUACUUAAGAUCUUACAUUGAUUCUAGUUACAACUGCAUGCUGAAUGGAAUGGAAAUGUUCAAGAUUGCACCAAUUAAAGUAAUGAUGCCAAUGAAUGAGUUCCUUGUUAGCUUGUUUGGCAACAGCUCAGGUGUCAUGAUGUGGGUCGAUGCUCCUGGUCGAGUUGGAAGCUGCUCAUUAUUGGAUGGUGGCAAAGUUCCAUUUGCAGUUGCUGAUGAUGACUGCGAUAAGCUUCAUUGGAGUAUUUGUGAAACUGCUUAUGAUGAAAGCUAUUAGAAGAUCAAGUUUUAAUGAAUUUUUAAAAUUCAAAAUUUAACGACUUUCUAGAAUUCAAAUUUUAGCGAGUUUAAA